UCUAGCUAGUUAAAGUUCUGUAAAGUGGCUUCAAGCAUGACAGAAAACGCAAAUUCCCAUAAAUUUAAUGCCGACGAACUGCAACCGUCUUCCUGGCUGAAUAUCCAGUUCAUAAAAGAGGUGCUAAGCGGUUAUGAAAAGGCACCUGAGUUGCAAGUUACAGAUCUGCAAAUAUCCCCGGCAACUGCCCAAGGAGAUCAUUAUGCGAGCGUCAUGUUCCGAACUGUGGCGGAGUACAACACCGAGAAAGGAAGGCACUCUAAAGCACUGAUCGUCAAGACAAUGCCGGAACAGGAAGGUCACAAAAAGGACAUGCUGUCCGAAUCGAACAUCUUUGAAACGGAAAUACUGAUGUACAGCAAGGCUCUGCCCGAGUUCGAGCGGAUUCUGCGGGAGUCCGGGGAUAAUACUAAACUCUAUGUGCCAUGCAUCUAUCACAGCCUGGAGCCGCGAAAAGUAAUGAUAUUCGAGGAUCUGGUGCCGCAGGGAUACACCGUGAUCCGAGAUCGUCCAGCCACCAAAGAGGAACUGAAGAAAGCCUUCACCAAAUUGGCCAAGUGGCAUGCAGUCAGCAUGAAAGUUAUAGAUGAGCAACCUGACUUCCUGGAGGAAUUCAAAUAUGGUAUGUGGGAUAUGUCCACCUUCUUGACCGAUCCCAUGGUGACUACUGGGCUGCCCUGCUUCCUUGAAAUGCUGGACCAAGUUCCCGAGCUCACAAAGUACAAGCCGCAUUUUGAUAAAAUAAAUAGUAACUACAUGCAGCGGAUGAGUGAAAUAAUGCUGGAGUACCGCUCCAAUCCGCAAUUGAACAGGUACUACGUGCUGUGCCACGGCGACUUUCAUCUUCGAAACAUGAUGUUUAAGAAUAACAAGGAGACUGGAGCCUCUGAAGACGUGAUGCUGGUGGAUUUUCAGAUCAGCAACAUUUGUCCUAUUACCGUCGACCUAACUUACUCCGUCUACAUGCUAAUGGAAUGGCAGGAGCGCUGCGACCUUGGAAAGGACUUAAUCGACUAUUAUCUCUCUGUUUUGCUGGAGACUCUGAACAAAGUGGGUUACAAAGGCGAGUAUCCCACGCAGAGUGGACUUUGGGAGCACAUUCAUGGUCAUAAAUACUAUGACUUUUUCCUGUUAACCUCCUUUCUGCCUAUGAUAGUCGCCAUCAAAACGAACAGUAUCAAAAUGACUGACUUAAUUUUGGAUCCGGAAAUAAAACAAAAGACUUACUUCUUAGAUGAUUACCUCAAAGAAGUAAAGACGCUUUUGCCUAAAUUCGAAAAAAUGGGAUAUUUUAAUAAUUUAUAAAACAAUAAGAAAUUAAAAACUUGUAUCAAUUAUAUACAUAAAAUUUGUUGUAAUUAUGAAAAGAUGAUUUUUAAAAGAUAUAAGUUCUACGUUAAAUUCAAAUUCAUUUGCAAUGAGCUUUGGAGGUUCUAUAAACUUUUCAAGAACAUUGUCAGUCGUAAUCAAUAUUGGCUUUAAAGUAACAUAGUAGUUGUAUUUCUAAAGCUUUUAGUUAAAACUGAUUGUCAUGCUUACUGAGCAAACAAUAAACAAUUUUUGUGGUGACUAUAUUAUUUACCUGUUUGCAAUAAAAAAUGUUUUGAAUAAAUAUCGAUUUCCCACUAAAA